GUUUUGCAGGCACUGACAAUGGGAGACAUUGAGAAGGGCGAGAAGAUCUUUGUCCAGAAGUGUGCACAAUGCUACACAGUUGAAAAGGGAGGCAAACACAAGACUGGCCCUAAUCUGCACGGUCUCUUUGGCCGAAAGACUGGUCAAGGUGCUGGUUUCUCUUGCACAGAAGCUAACAAAAGCAAAGGUAUAAUCUGGGGAGAAGAUACACUGAUGGAAUACUUGGAAAACCCUAAGAAGUAUAUACCAGGAACUAAGAUGAUCUUUGCUGGCAUUAAGAAGAAGGGGGAAAGAGCAGACUUAAUAGCAUCCACUUCUAAUUAA